AUGGCGGAGGCCAUUGCCAUAUCACUCUCUGGUAAACUCGCCGUGGCACUGUCGCGCAGCGCCGCCCUUGGCAUCUCACGCCUCAUCGGCGUCCGCUCCGACAUUGCCGCUGCUAAAGGGGACCUCGACCUCCUCCGCACCUUCCUUCGUUUCGCAGACUCCCGCCGCGGCAGCACCGGCACGGAGGACGAACUCGUGGCUGAGUGGGUAAGGCAGGUCCGCGAUGCCGCCUUCGAGUUAGAGGACGUGGCUGACGAGUGCUCCUUCCUCUCCGUCCACCGCCGCUUCGCCAAGGACUUGAUCAACAUCAAGGCCUGGCUCGCUGUGUCGAGGCGGUUGCGCAAGGCUCGGGAGAGGCUCUCCCACCUGUCGGCAAUCAAGGGGCAGUACGGCAUCCACCCCGCCGACGCCGUCGACCCCGCCAUCGUUAGCGGGACGGCAGCGGCGUUGGCGGUGAGUGCUCACUUCUUGGAGAAAGAGGAGAUAGUCGGUUUCGCUGCGCACGAGAAGCAACUCCUGGAGUGGGUGGUCGAGGACGCGGAGCCACGUCGGACGCUGGUCGCCGUCUGUGGGAUGGGCGGCGUCGGCAAGACCACCCUCGUCACCCGCGUGUACAGGGAGGCGGCGGCGACGAGCCACUUCGAUUGCGCCGCGUGGGUGGCCGUCUCUGGAGGCGUCACGCGGGACGACGUCCUCUGGAAGAUCCUCAAAGAGCUGCACCUGCAGUGCGACCGCGAUGAUGAUGACUACCGGUCGCUCGUGGCGGCUGUAAGGAGGCAUCUUGGGAAGAGGAGGUAUCUGAUCGUGCUCAACGACGUCUGGGACGCGCACCUGUGGGACACGCUCCUCCGUCAUGCGUUCCUCGACGACGCGACCGGUAGCCGCGUGGUCAUCACCACCCGCAGCAGAGACGUGGCUAUGGCCGCGGUGCCCGAGAGGAUCAUGACGCUGCAGCCACUGCCGUGGCACGAGGCGUGGACGCUCUUCUGCAACGUCGCCUUUAGGUCCUGGUCCAGGGAGAGGGAGGAGGCGGCGUCCGACACCGACGGCAGAAGGACGUGCCCGAGCCACCUGAAGGAGCUCGCUAGCAGCUUGCUAGAUCGAUGCGGUGGCUUGCCGCUGGCGAUCGUGUCCAUCGCCAAUCUCCUCGCGCUGAAAGAGAGGACAGUGUUCGCCUGGAAGAACGUCCACGACAGCCUCGUGUGGGACAAGAGCAGCAGCGACCUUGGGAUAGGGGAGGCCGCAAGCAUACUUAACCUCAGCAUCGAUGACCUGCCGCACCACCUCAAGAGAUGCUUCCUGAGCUGCAGCAUAUACACCGAGGACUUCUUGAUCAAGAGGAAGAUACUGAUAAGGGACUGGGUCGCGCAGGGCUUCAUCCAAGAGGAACAACAUGGCUCUGCAGCCACACGUACAGUGGAGGAUGUCGCAGAUGAUUAUUUGGACCAGCUAGUACACCGCAGCCUCAUCCAAGUUACUGAAACCAACGAAUUUGGCCGUGCCAAACGGUGCCUUAUUCACGACCUCAUCAGGGAUCUGAUUAUCCAAAGGUCAAGAGGAGAAGGCUUCUUUCAGUUUACCAAGCGCAAGAUAACAAUGGACUGCAGCGUCAGAAUCCGUCAUCUUUCAGUUGACCGAUGCGAACUGGAUUGCGAAUCGCUUCCAAGGCAGGUGCAGGCUUCUCUUCGCUCCUUCCACGCAUUUGGGUCAGAAUUCGGUGCUCUGUUCCUAUCCCGAUUUAGGCUGAUAACUGUUCUCAACCUCUGGUUCGUUGAGAUGAACAAGUUGCCCAACACGAAGCUGCAAACAUUGGACGCCAAGUUAUCCAUGGUGCAAAGGUUACCAGACAGCACAGCCAAACUAAAGAGCAUGCGCCACCUGAUACUUUUGAGGCGUCCAACUGCUGACUUAUUUGGGCCCCCGUUUCCCGGCAAAGCAGUUGGAGCUCCUAAAGGGCUAGAAAACCUGACCAGCCUGCAGACACUCAAGUAUGUUGUAGCUGACAAGAAGAUGGUUGGUUCCUUAGCAAGACUGGAACAGAUAAGGAGCCUAGAGCUAUCUGGAGUAGAUGCGAGCCUUACUUCUGAAUUGUCAUCGUCAAUCUCCAGAAUGAGCUGUCUUGUGCGCUUGGGUUUGGAAACCGAGCCGACAGCGACAGAAGAUGCAGUACUUGACUUGGACUCAAUUACUCCACCACCACUUAAGCUACAAAAACUCGCAUUGACUGGCAGGUUAGCAAGAGGGAGGCUGCCAUCAUGGACAUGCUCUUUGACUAGCCUCGUGCAACUACGGCUGUGCCGUUGCGCUAUUGCGCAAGAUUCAUUCUUUCUCCUCGCAGCGCUUCCAGGGCUUGUAAAUCUUAGCCUUAUCGACACAUACCAUGACAAGGUCAUGACCUUUGUGGGAGGUAGUUUUCCUGCACUGAAAAGACUCACCUUGCAGGACUUGGCUAACCUUAGUCGUAUAGAGUUUCAGCAAGGUUGCCUACUAAAGCUACGUGACCUGGAACUUGACCACUGCACCGAGCUGACUGAGGCACCUGUAGGCAUGAAGAACCUCAACCAUCGUCUGAACUCGGAAGUUUUUGGCAUGCCAACAGAGUUUGCAGAUAAGUUGAAGGAACACAGUCAUGAUUCUGAUAUUACAAAUUCAGAAGUCGAUCGUCGGACACAUGUGUCUUACUCUUUGAGGUACUCGAGAUGGGUUGGAAGAAACAAGUGA